AUGUUUAGUACCCUCCUCCGACCCCUCCGCCUAGGCGCCGCCCUGUCGCCCUUCGGAUCACCCGUCCGUACCUUUACCAUUAUAUCCACGCAGCUUGCCAAAGCUCUCCCUCCACGACCGAAGCCUCCACCAGAGUUCGAAAUUGAAGAAUCAUACGUCAAAGGAAGCGGUCCAGGCGGCCAAAAGAUUAACAAAACAAAUUCAGCAGUGCAACUCAAGCAUAUCCCUACCGGCAUCGUCGUCAAGUCACAAGCAACCCGCUCCCGCGACCAGAACCGAAAGCACGCCCGCGAACUCCUAGCCCAACGGGUCGACGAAUUCCACAACGGUGACCAGAGUCGAUCAGCCAUUGUGGGCCAGGUCAAGAAGAAGAAAGCAGAUAGCGCUUCCAAGAAGAGUCGGAGGAAGUAUAAGAAGCUUGAAGAGGAGAAGGCUGCUGUUGCUGCCGCCGAGAACUCGGUCACGCCUGAUCCUACAGAUGGAGAGGGCACAUCUGUACAUCAUGCCCAGGUCGUUGAUCAUGUCUCAGAGCUACAUGAUACUCAAGACAAACCAACAUGA